AUGCCUGUAGCAAAAUAUUUUGCAGAUUUUAGUAUGUUGGGUGUGAUAGUGAGUUAUGAUGAAAGAGUUCUGAAACCGCUUUAUUCCAUUUGCAGGAUGGAUCCUAGGAGUAGUAGUGCACAUGCUGGGGGUGAUGAUGCAAGGCCUUCCAAUAUGGGUGGUGGAGAUCAUGAUGCUGUAUUACGUAGCGUCACCCAGCAGGCGAUGGCAGAGAUGGCUAAAGGUUUAGGGGAGCAGAACUGCACGAUUGAGCAGUUCACGCAUAUGAGACCUCCAUCAUUCUCUGGAGGGGCUAACCCACUUGUGGCUGAGAACUGGGUUCAGGACAUAGAGGAUAUGUUGACAGUUCUUUCAUGUACAGAUGAGUAUAAAGUACUCGGUGAUGUGGAGCCUCUUCAAGGAGAUCUUUUUCAAGAGGUACUUCCUGCUACUAUCAGAAGUGUGAAGGCAGUAGAGUUUUUGCACUUAACACAGGGACCGAUGACAGUAAAGCAGUAUGUAGCUAGAUUCAUUAAGUUGUCUCGGUUUGCUCCGUAUUUGGUACUAGAUGAGGAAAGGAAAGUGAGGAAGUUCGAAGAAGACCUGAGACAGAGUCUGUUUGAACAGGUUAUAGGCUUUCGGGCUCAAAUAUUUGCAAAGGUAGUGGAUAAAGUUGCAGUGAUUGAUGGUGGCCUUCAGAGAAGUGCUACAGCACAGAGUCGAGGAAAGAGGCCUGCACCUCCAAAUGUUUAG